AUGCUUCGCGGCUUCUCCUCUCCUCAUUGUUGUGCUUGUCUUCGAUGUUUUUCGUCUCUCGCAUUGCCUCGGCUGCGUUUGCGUGGUCUGCCCUUUGAUGCCACGGUGCACGACGUGCUCGGCUUCUUCAAUGGAUUCCGUUUGGCGGCAACGCCCACCAGCGCAGUACAGAUGUUGCGAGGACGACACCGGCGGCCAACGGGACAAGCUUUUGCAUACUUCGAUGAUGUGAUUGAGGCCAUGAGAGCAAAGGAUGCACUGGAUGGCCAAGUUUGUUGCGUCGUUGGAACGAGGGUAUAUCGACUUGAAGUGCUGGAAGACUUUCGUGGGUCUCGAGCCAUGAUCACCGACGAAGAUGUUCCUGGGGACAUCGUAGAGGAAAAGCUACGAGACCAAGUUCGCAAGUCAAUGGUCGGCUUGAAGUAUAAAGAGAAAGAGGAGAUGAAGAGGUUUAAAUUUAGACAAUGGUGA